AUGUCCAUGGACGAGAAGAACCCCAAGGACCUCGUGAGCUCGGCUGCGUCCGACCAUGAUGCGUCGUCCUCCGGCUCCGUCGACGGGGCCUGGAAGUUCCUCAACGACCACCGAGAGGCCGGCGGCGACACCAGCUCGGUCGACAUCAAUGCGCUCCGCCGCAAGAUUGACUGGCACAUUGUGCCCCUCAUGUUCGGAUGCUACACGAUGCAGUUCCUGGACAAGGUCAUCCUCAACUACGCGGCCGUGAUGGGUCUUAACAAGGACCUCAAGUUGGUCGGAAACGACUUCUCCAACAUUGCCACGUUCCUCUUCGUGGGUUUGUUGUGCUUCGAGAUUCCAAACAUCUACUUCCUCCAGAUGGUUCCCGCCGCCAAAUGGCUGGGCAUCAACGUGAUCCUCUGGGGCACCGCGACCGCCUGCGGCGCCGCCGCGCACAACUACACCUCCCUGCUCGUCUCGCGCGUCUUCCUGGGAAUCUUCGAGGCGACCAUCGGCCCGUCCCUUAUGCUUAUCAGCUCGCAGUGGUACACCAAGUCCGAGCAGGCCCCGCGCUUCUCUUUCUGGUACCUGGGCCUCGGCCUCGGCCAGAUCCUCGGCGGCGCCAUCUCCUACGGCUUCCAGCACGUCGCCCCCGGCGCCGGCCUCGCAGGCUGGCGCAUCAUGUUCGUCGUCCUCGGAUGCGUCACCGUGACCAUCGGCCUGACCACCUUCUUCUUCGUCCCGGACACCCCGAUGAAGGCCCGCUGGCUGAGCGACACCGAGAAGGUCGCCCUGCUGAAGCAUGUCAGCGUCAACCAGACCGGCAUCGAGAGCCGCAAGUUCCGUCCCAAGCAGAUCCUCGAGGCUCUGAUGGACCCUCAGAUGUACCUGAUGACCAUUGCCGUUGUCCUCCUUUCCGUCUCUAGCGGUGUCGUCACCACCUACUCUGCCACUCUUAUCCGCAACCUGGGCUACGACUCCAAGCACGCCGCCCUGAUGAACAUGCCCUCCGGUGUCGUGAGCAUCUUCUUCACGCUCCUCGUCGGAUACGGUAUUCGCUACCAGUCGAACCGCUGGGCCUGGAUCGUCGCCUGCAUCAUCCCAGCCAUCAUCGGUGGCGCUCUGAUGUCUUUCCUCCCCGUGAGCAACCGUGCCGGCUGCCUCGCGGGCAUCUACCUCGUCAACGCCGUCGUCGCUCCGUUGACCGUGUUCUACGCCUGGACCGCCGCCAACUUUGGUGGCGCAACCAAGCGCGCCUUCGCCGCCGCCAUCGUCAGCGGAUCCUUCUCCCUCGGCAACAUUAUCGGCCCGCAGACCUUCCAGGCCCGCGACGCCCCCGACUACCGCCCGGCCAAGAUCGCCGUCAUGGGCACCCAGGCGGGCUGCGCCGUCGUCACGCUGGCCCUGUACGCCUACUACCGCUGGGAGAACAAGAGACGCGGGGCCAAGCAGCAGUCCGAGGACGCCUUCAUGGCUCCCGAGGUCUGGGCCUCGAUGACUGAUAAGGAGAACAAGCAGUUCCGCUACAGCUACUAG